GCUUAUCUCUGAGCAAUUCUAUCUAACUAAAUAAAAUGACUGGACGCGGAAAGGGUGGAAAGGGAUUGGGAAAAGGAGGUGCAAAGCGGCACAGGAAGGUUCUUCGUGAUAAUAUCCAAGGUAUUACUAAGCCUGCGAUUCGCCGUUUGGCUCGUCGUGGUGGUGUCAAACGUAUCUCUGGAUUGAUUUACGAAGAAACUCGAGGUGUAUUGAAAGUCUUCUUAGAAAACGUCAUUCGUGAUGCAGUAACUUACACCGAACAUGCUAAAAGAAAGACAGUUACGGCUAUGGACGUCGUAUAUGCAUUGAAACGCCAAGGACGUACACUCUAUGGUUUUGGAGGUUAAUUUGUCAGAAGUGCAUAAAUCAGCAGUUUGGUCAUUUCAUUUUAAAAGAACCGAUAAAAACGGCCCUUUUCAGGG